UUGACGGAGGAUAAUCUCCCAGACCAGACCGGCAAAGUAUUCAUUGUCACUGGUGCCUCAGGUGGAAUUGGUCUCGCACUUGUUUCAAUCCUCUACGAACGUAAUGCAAAAGUAUAUUUGGCGGCCCGGUCUAGAGACAAGGCACGUAAAGCAAUAGAAAACAUCAAAUAUGCGUACCCAGAUUCUUGUGGACACAUUACAUUUCUCCAACUUGACCUAAGUGACUUAAGAACCAUUCACAAGUCCGCUGACAAGUUCUUAAGUAAAGAGUUGCGACUUGAUGUUUUAUGGAACAAUGCAGGAGUUAUGGUACCACCACAAGGAUCGAAAACGGCUCAGGGAUACGAAUUGCAAUUGGGAACAAACAAUAUCGGCCACCAUCUCUUUACAAGGUUUCUUCAUCCCCUAUUGAGUCAGACAGCAAAAAUAGCACAUCCGGGCUCGGUGCGCGUCGUAUGGGUAUCCUCCGGUGCUGCUAUUAGGGCCCCUAUCCCGGCAAUCGACUUCACAAAUAUGGAUUACCACCAUGAGGAG